ACUACUCUAUUUUCAUAUUCAUAUUGCCAUGGCUUCUCUUUCUUCCUUCUUCUACCUCUCUCUCUUCUCCAUUUUUCCCUUAAUCUAUUCCCUCACAAUCCCACUCUCACCUUUGCAAACAUACCCAUCUCAAGAUCCCUACCAAUACCUCAACUUUCUAGUUUCCUCCUCUUUAACAAGAGCCUUUCACCUCAAAAACCCCCAAACCAUCUCCACAACUCCACUCUUUUCUCAUAGCUAUGGAGGUUACUCAAUCUCCCUUUCGUUUGGAACUCCUCCCCAGACCAUCCCUUUGCUCAUGGACACAGGCAGUGACCUUAUUUGGUUCCCCUGCACUACUCGCUACCUCUGCAAGAACUGUUCAUUCUCCUCCUCAAACACUCCACUUUUCAUCCCUCAACAAUCUUCUUCCUCCAAGAUCAUCGGCUGCCGCAAUCCUAAAUGUUCUUGGAUUCACCCCAAUGCACAAUGCAAAGACUGCAAUCCUUCAAACAACUGUACUCAGAUUUGUCCACCCUACAUUAUCUUUUAUGAAUCAGGCGCGACCAGUGGCAUUUCACUAUCAGAAACUCUUAACUUUCCUAACCGAACCAUUCCCAACUUCUUCGUCGGAUGCUCUGUUUUCUCUUCCCGGACACCUGCCGGCAUUGCAGGUUUCGGACGUGGCCAAGCUUCGCUUCCAAGUCAACUAAACGUCGACAAGUUUGCAUACUGUCUGCUUUCUAGAAAAUUCGAUGACACUACAAGAAGCAGCCCUCUAAUACUUGAUAAUAGUAGUGGCUCGGAUUCCGAAAAGAAGUCGAGUGGUUUAAUCUACACGCCAUUUAUCAAGAACCCAGUGUUCCCAGGAAGGAGUGCCUUCUCAGUCUACUACUACGUUGGUCUCAGAAAAAUCACAGUCGGCGAGCGGCGAGUGAGGAUUCCAUACAGGUACUUAAGGUUGGAUGAUGAAGGAAAUGGCGGCACCAUUAUUGACUCCGGUACAACGUUUACAGUCAUGGCUUCUGAAGUGAGGGAGCCAUUGGCGGCUGAGUUUGAAAGUCAAUUGGUGAAGAAGAUGAAUUUCAGUAGAGCUCUUGGUGUUGAGGUUUUAACGGGUUUGAGUCCUUGUUUCAACGUUUCAAGUGGGACGACGAGGCUAAAAUUCCCCAAGUUGAAGUUACAUUUCAAGGGUGGUGCUGAGAUGGCAGUGCCGCCGGAGAAUUAUGCAGCUGUGGUUGGUGACGGCUCAGCUGUGUGUUUGAUGGUAGUGAGUGGCAGGUUGGGUAGUGGUGGGCCGACGAUUAUAUUGGGGAACGUAUUUUGGCAGAAUUAUUAUGUGGAGUAUGAUUUGAGGAAAGAGCGGUUGGGAUUUAAGCAGCAACAAUGUGAGUGAUCCAUGAAGAACAUUAAAUUGAAUAAGGGAAUUUGUAAAUAAUUCCACUCCUUGUUUUUCUUCUAAUAAAAAUAUUUGUUAGACCACAAAUUGAGAAACACUUAUGACUCAUAAAU